AUGGCACCUGCACCUCGACUUGAUCUCACUGCUGUUGGAGGACAGAAGGCCAGAAUAAAGAACAACAAGAGCUCUGGAAAUAGAGGCCUGACUGCGACAUCGGCCUCUGCACCUCAACUGGAAGUUGAGGAGGCGUCUCAGGCACCCCAAGUUGGGAGCGUGGCCCGCUCUAGUACCUUCCGCCUGGUGGGUGGUGAAGGGAAAGAGAACAAUGACGAGGAGUGGAUGUACUGCUCUUGUCAUAGGGACUCUGUCCCUGAUGAAGAGGGGUUUGUACAGCCCCAUGUUUCUGCAAAAGUAGCCAAUGUUGGCUCAGAUGCUCUACAUAGCACAUUUGCAGAUGAUAAUUGUUAUUCUUGGCUCCAGGAAGACCAGCCCGAGCCUCCUGAUGAUGUCUUGAACCAUGAGGAUAUUGAGUUAGCCCCUGUCGCAGAGACUGGCCCUCAUGGACCUCCUUCCCCUGACUCUGAGUCAGCUGCAGAUAAGGAAGAUAAGAAAGCACCCGAGGAGGUUGCUAGGGAUGCAUCCCCUCGUCAGUGGUCUGACUAUGAGGAAGAUGAGGACAUAGGUCCAGUCCCAGACUUUAGUCCAAAGGCACCCUCCCAUGAAGCUGGAGGGAGCGUUGCAAAUAAAGACACCUUAGAUAAGGUGGUCAUUCUCGAGGCUGAAAAUGCCUUCCUGUCUGGCACACGGUUGGAAUCCAAAAGGAUCAACCAUGAAUUGCACCGUGAGCUCAAUAAGCUCAAGGCCAAGCUGAGCAUUAAAGGCACUGCUAAGAACGUCGCAAAGCCUGUGAUUGCCCAACAUGCGUCGUCAGUUUUACCAGCUUCGAGCUUGGUACAGCGUGCUAUUUCUGGUGCAGUGCCUACUCGAGGAGGCGCACCUGGCCUAAACAAGAGUUCAGGCAGCAAGAAGCCAUCAAGCAAGGAGCCUUCUCAGAAAGGUAGUUCUGGCAGAGGUGCCACUCUGAGUCACCUGCCGGGGCUGGGGGACAACCCGCCAGACCCCAGCGACGAUUCCAGUGAGAGGUCCUCUGGCUCCAGUGGGAGUGACUUCUUCAACAAUGAGCCUGAUUCCAAUUAUAACAGUGAUUCAGAAGGGACCAAGCGCAAGAAAAGAGCUGCUCAUAAAAAGUAUUGA